AUGGACAGAUUCUUGAAAGAGCUGGAGAGCUUCAGGCCUAAAGAAAAACCAACCAUUCUAGAUAUUCAAAUCGAUAAUGACCCCUUCUAUAUCGAAAGCGAGGAGUCGUGGUCUGAAUCUGAAUCGGAAGAUGACGAGCAGGACUUGAGGUGGUUGGAAGAACAGUGCGAACGAGCGGCAAAUGCGGGUCUGCCGAAGGAAGAACUCAAGACAGUUAUCAUUGACCUAAUUAAAUCCGAUAAUGGUAACGAGGAGCUCCAGUCUCUUCUCGUGGACGUUAUAGGCUUCGACCAUCUGGACUUCAUCAGCAGUAUAUUGUCUCGAAGAGAAGAGCUGAGACAGAGAUUGCACACCCACUCUCAAAUCAGUCUUUCAAAAACGCAAAGGGAGCUACAAAUCCGCGAGAAUCAAAGGUUCCGAGCAGAACGCAAUGCAAAUUUGCAAAUGGCACAUGUCGAUCCACAAUACCCUCAUGUAUUCCGAAAGCAUCAAAUUGGCAGCAGUGUCAGUAUGUUUGGACAUAAAUAUGCACUACCUGAAGGAACCGAACGAGUGAACUACGCUACAUACGAGAAGGUUACCAUUCCCUACCCGAAACCAGAUACAUCAUUCCACCCAAAGCGAUUGAUUCAAAUUUCGGAGCUGGAUGAUCUCUGCAAAAUUACAUUUUCAAAAUACGAGACACUUAACAAAAUGCAAUCUCUCGUGUAUCCAAUUGGAUACGAUACAAAUGAAAAUAUGCUAAUUUGUGCCCCCACUGGCGCAGGCAAAACAGAUGUCGCAUUGAUCACUAUUCUCAGCAUCAUCAAGCAGCACAGUGUCCUGGAGGAUGGAUUCUGGAAUGUCGAUUACGACAACUUCAAAAUUGUAUAUGUCGCACCACUUAAAGCUCUUGCCGCAGAAAUUGUGGAGAAAAUGGGUAGCAGGUUAGCUUGGCUGCGAAUCAAGGUCAGAGAGCUCACUGGUGAUAUGCAGUUAACCCGUGCUGAGAUUAACGAUACUCAAAUCAUCGUGACAACACCAGAGAAAUGGGAUGUAGUGACCAGAAAGCCACACGAUGACACAGGAUUAACAACAAAGAUCAAGCUGCUCAUCAUUGACGAGGUGCAUUUGCUCCAUGAGGAUCGCGGCGCAGUAAUCGAAUCUCUUGUUGCAAGAACUCUUCGCCAAGUCGAAUCAAGUCAAUCAAUGAUUAGAAUCGUAGGAUUAUCUGCAACCUUACCAAACUUCGUUGAUGUUGCAGAGUUUUUGAAAGUUAACCCACAGCAGGGCUUAUUCUUCUUCGACAACUCGUUUCGCCCUUGUCCUUUACAACAAGAGUUUAUUGGAGUUCGUGGAAAGGUGGGUUCAAAACAAGCACUUGAAAACAUUGACCAAGUUGCAUAUGAUAGCUUGCUGGAGAAUGUUGAGAAGGGUUUCCAAGUGAUGGUAUUCGUACACUCGCGAAAAGACACAGCAAAAACUGCGCGCACGUUUAGAGCAAUUGCUCAAGAUAGAGGUGAGUUAUCGCUAUUCUUGCCUGAUCAGGAUAAAAGAUCUAAGUUCGAGCGCGAUAUGUCCUCUUUCAAAAAUAGGGAUAUGACUGAGCUCUUCGAUUUUGGUUUUGGAAUUCAUCACGCUGGUAUGGGUCGAAGUGAACGUAAUCUGACGGAAAAAAUGUUCAUGUCUGGUGCCAUUAAUGUUUUGUGCUGUACGGCUACUCUUGCUUGGGGUGUCAACCUUCCGGCAGCCGUUGUAAUCAUCAAAGGCACGCAAGUAUACGAUGCCAAACACGGUGGGUUUGUUGAUCUUGGAAUUUCGGAUGUAAUUCAGAUCUUUGGUCGUGCUGGUAGACCACAGUUUGAGAAGUUCGGUACUGGAAUUCUUGUAUCAACGCUGGAUCGCCUGGAUCAUUAUCUAUCGGCAAUUACACAUCAGUUUCCGAUUGAAUCUCGACUGCAAGCUAAACUAGCUGAUAACCUGAAUGCAGAAAUUUCACUUGGAACAGUUACCAACGUUCAAGAGGCUAUACAGUGGUUGGGAUAUACAUAUCUCUACGUGAGAAUGCGUAAAGCGCCCCAAACAUAUGGACUCAAACUUGCCGAGAUCAAAGAUGAUCCCCGUUUAUCUGGACAUUGCAGGAAGUUGGUUAUCGAGGCUGCAAGAAGGCUUCAAGAAGUUCAAAUGAUUGUAUUUGAUGAGGAUGAUCCGUCAGAGAUGCUUAUUUCUAAGGACAUUGGCCGCAUUGCCAGUGAUUUUUAUCUAUUGAACACAAGUGUCGAGGUGUUUAACACUGCAAUCAAACCAAGUUCUUCUGAGGCUAGUGUUCUAUCGACUUUAGCGAUGAGCGGAGAAUUUGACGGCAUCAAGGCCCGCCAAGAAGAAGCCAAAGAAUUAGAGCUUAUGGAGAAAAAAGCACACUUCCCCAUUAAACAGGGUGUAGAAACACCUGAGGGUAAAACUAAUGCGCUGAUACAGGCUUAUAUUUCGCAAAUCGUUGCAAAAGAGACGUCUCUUGGCUCCGACAUGAAUUACGUCGCUCAGAACUCUACACGUAUCGUGCGGGCAUUUUUUCUGUUAUGCCUUUCUCGUAGAUGGGGUGCAAUGACGAUGGCGAUGCUUGACUUGGACAAGUCUAUAAACCGUCGCAUGUGGGCAGACGAACACCCCAUUCUUCAAUUCGAGCUUCAAGAACCAAUUGCAAGGCAAAUAAGGGCCAAAAAUCCUUAUAUUGAAGAUAUGAAAGACAUGAGCAACAAGGAGCUUGGCGAUCUUGUUCAUAAUGUGGGCAUGGGGAAAAAGCUUGGACAGCUCGUUGAUAAGUUUCCUCUUGUCACAAUUAUCGAUAGCCAGGUACGGCCAAUUACAACACGAGUAAUGAGGGUUGAGGUGGAACUGGUGGGCAAUUUUUCCUGGGACGGAAGAAUGCAUGGAAAAGCACAGUAUUUCUGGAUCUGGGUUCAAGAGGACACAGAAGAAGCUGAGCUUCUACACACUGAUAAGUUAAUACUAGACUCCAAGAACGUUCACAUUCCUCAAAGAUUUGAUUUCGCUAUCCCCAUCAAAGAAAAAGCUCCUAAUCAGUUGAUCCUGCGUAUUGUAAGUGACACAUGGAUUGGAUCAGAGUCCACUGUUGCGCUGUCUUUCAAGCAUCUGGUCAAACCCGAAUCGCAUCCAAUUCAAACCCGCCUGCUCAACCUGAGACCACUACCAGUAACCGCUUUGAAAAAUCAAACAAUUGAGCAGUAUUAUCGGCGCAAGUUCGAAUUUUUCAACCCCAUGCAAACAAUGUGUUUCCACACACUCUAUCACGAGAAGACAAGUGUACUUCUAGGAUCACCCACAGGCUCAGGAAAGACCAUCGCUUGCGAAAUUGCUAUAUGGGCAGCACUUAGAGAUCGCCCGGGUAGCAAAAUUGUUUAUAUCGCCCCUAUGAAAGCUCUAGUCAAAGAACGAGUUUCAGACUGGAGACGGGGCAUUUGCCAGGCUGCGAACCUGAAACUUGUGGAGCUUACUGGUGACACAAACCCUGAAGCAGAUGCAAUUCGUAAAGCCGAUAUCAUCAUCACUACACCCGAGAAGUUUGAUGGUAUCAGUCGUAACUGGCAAACAAGAACAUUUGUUCAAAACGUUUCCCUUCUUGUUAUGGACGAGGUUCAUUUGCUUGCGAGCGAUCGAGGUGCGAUUCUUGAGAUGAUUGUCAGUCGUAUGAACUUUAUCAAAGCUAGGACUGGUAAGCAUGUACGGCUUCUAGGUAUGUCGACGGCUGUUGCAAAUGCUGGCGACAUGGCAUCCUGGCUUGGCGUCAAAGACAACACGGGGUUGUUCAACUUCCCAUCUUCCGUUCGUCCGGUACCUCUUGAAAUGUAUAUCGAAAGUUUCCCAGAUAAUGUUGGGUUCUGCCCUUUGAUGAAGUCCAUGAACAAGCCAGCGUUUUUGGCGAUAAAGCGUCAUUCACCUUCUAAACCAGCUCUUAUUUUUGUACCAUCACGACGUCAAACAAGACUCACGGCACAGGACUUUAUCCACAUGUGUGGAAACGAAGAAAAUCCUCGCCGCUUCCUACACAUGUCUGAUGAAGAGCUUUCAGAGGUCUUAGCAAGGGUCAGCGAUGAAACACUUUCUCUAUCGCUGCAGUUCGGUAUUGCAAUUCACCAUGCAGGCUUGGUUGAUGAAGAUCGUAAAAUCAGUCACGAACUUUUUGAACAACAAAAGGUCCAGAUUCUGGUAGCAACAUCUACAUUGGCUUGGGGUGUAAACCUGCCUGCAUAUUUGGUUGUGAUCAAGGGCACGCAAUUCUACGAUGCGAAGGUCGAAAAAUAUAAAAACAUGGAUCUCACUGAUGUGCUGCAGAUGAUGGGACGCGCUGGACGCCCCGCGUUUGACACCACUGGAGUUGCAAUGGUUUACACGAAACAAUCGACUAAGGCGUUUUACAAGUACUUCUUGAACAUUGGUUUCCCGGUAGAAUCGUCACUUCAUCGGUUUAUGGAAGACCAUAUCGGCGCUGAGAUUAGUGCAAGAACCAUCAAGUCCCGCCAGGAGGCACUAGACUUCCUCACUUGGACAUUUUUGUAUCGUCGAAUUCAUGCUAAUCCAACAUAUUAUGACGUCCAAGAUGUCAACAAGUGGAUGAUUGAGCGUGUAGACCAAUGUCUCAUCGAAUUGGAAAGAUCUUCCUGCCUGUUAUUAGGGGAAGAGUUCCAACCAACACCGUUUUUGAAAAUCGCGAGUUUCUACUAUAUGAGCCAUAAAACCAUUCGGAUGUUCUUGGAGCGCAUAAAGCCUGACUUGGCUAUAGUUGAUGCUCUACUUUGCCUGGCAUUUUCAACAGAAUACACAGAACUCUCAGUUCGUCACAAUGAAGAUAUGAUCAAUGAGGAACUUUCUCUCAAGUUACCUUACCACGGAAACUUACUACAAAUGCAUAUGGGAUACUCGUUUGUAAAAGCAUUUUUGUUAGUUCAGGCGCGAAUGCGGCGGCUUGAAAUGCCCAUUAUGGAUUAUGUCCAAGAUACGAUCUCUGUAUUGGAUCAAGCAAUCCGUAUUCUCCAAGCUUUGAUUGACACAUGUGCCGAAAAAGGGUACUUUGAUGCUGUUAUGACAGUUAUAACCCUUCUGCGAUGUAUGAAGCAGGGAUGCGAACCUGAAGAUAACAUGCUACGAAUUCUACCGGGAUUGUGGAACACGAAGAGCUCCAAGCGCUUAUCAGAGGUUACCAAGAGCGACUCGAAAGCCUUGGGAGUACCCAAACGACUUGAAAAAGAAUUCAUUCGUGCUUUGGAGCGGAUACCGAGGCCCAAGGUUGAAAACGACACUGUCCGGCUAAGCCCUAGAGGUCACGUAUAUUGCCCCAUGUUCCACAAGCCUCAGGUCGAGUCUUGGUUUGUGAUAACUGAAAAAGAUGGAAAGCUUUUAUCAUUAGAACGCGUCCAGCGUGGUCGUGAUGUGCCCAAAUCUCCUCUUGGUACCGUCCAUAUUAUCAGCGACACUCUUGACAUCUCUUUCACCAUCGAUGAUAACGGAGUAGUCUCUAGAUAG